CCAGUUGAGCCGCUGAGAGGCUGAUCAGAUCUCUCUCCCAGGGCUGAGGCGGCUCCCGGGAGGAAAGAUGCUUGGUAGGGAGGGGUUUGCCUGCGGGACCAGGUACAGCCUGGUCCUCUCCCACAUUUGGGAGGGGCCAGAGCCAGAGGCGACAGCUGGGCUGGGCUGCCAGAGAGGUCAUCUGACUGGCUGCCCAGCCUGGGCUGCACACACCCCCUCUCCUCUAGCAGACGGCACAGAAGCCGGUGCCCACACAGGCAGCUGCCAGGCUGUGACGACUGCCACCUCGCCCCAGCACCUCUGGACAGCCAGUCAUACCAUGUCUGUGACCAGCUGGAAGACGAGACCAUCCCUGACCCAGGAGAUCCUCAGCCACCUGGGCCUGGCCAACAAGACUGCAGCUUGGGGAACCCUGGGCACCCUCAGGACCUUCCUGAGCUUCAGCGUGGACAAGGAUGUGCAAAGGCUGCUGAGGGCCAUUGCAGGCCAAGGUGUGGACCACGGAGCCGUCGUGGGCGUACUGACCAACAGGAGCCGGGAGCAAAGGCAUCUCAUCUCUCGAGCCUUCCAGGAGCGCACCCAACAGGACCUGCUGAAGUCCCUGCAGGCAGCCCUGUCUGGUAACCUCGAGAGGAUCGUGGUGGCUUUGCUGCAGCCUGCAGCUCAGCUCGAUGCCCAGGAAUUGAGGACGGCCUUGAAGAACUCAGGUUCGGCUGAGGAUGUGGCCGUGGAAAUUCUUGCCACCCGAAGCCCAGCCCAGCUGCAGGAGUGCCUGACGGUCUACAAACAUAAUUUCCAGGUGGAGGCUGAGGAGGACAUCAAAUCAGAGACCAGCGGCAUCUUGCAGGAACUGCUCCUGGCCCUGGCCAAGGGGGGCCGUGAGAGCUACUCUGGAAUCAUUGACUACAACCUGGUGGGACAGGAUGUCCAGGCAUUAAAACAGGCUGAAGGGCCCAGCACAGAGGGCACAUGGGUCCUAAUCUUCACCCAGCGAAAUCCUGAACACCUCGUCCGAGUGUUCGAUCAGUACCAGCGGUGCACUGGGCACGAGCUAGAGAAGACUGUCCACCACCUUUUCCAUGGAGAUGCCCAGGCGGCUUUGCUCAGCCUAGCCUCAGUGACCAAGAACACGCCACUGUACUUUGCUGACAAACUUCAUCAAGCCCUCCAGGACAUCAAGCCCAAUUACCAAGUCCUGAUGCGCAUCCUUAUCUCUCGAAGUGAGACUGACCUUCUAAGCAUCCGAGCUGAAUUCAAAAAGAAAUUUGGCAAGUCCCUCUACUCUUCUCUCCAGGAGGCAGUGAAGGGGGACUGCCAGUCGGCCCUACUAGCCCUGUGCAGGGCCGAAGACAUUUGAGGCCUCCCUGCCACACCGUGACAUCCAAGGAUCUGAGAUCCCCAUGUUUGGCUGAGCCUACAGGAAAGCAGCUGGACCUCCAAAUAGGAUAACCCCUCACUGAGCACCACAUGCUCCAGCUUCUUGUCGAGGCUAGAAUUGAAAGUUUCUUUUAAAUCCCUUAAUUUCCUCAUCUCAAACAAUGCCUGCACCUGGAUCCCCUAGCUCUGUCUUGGGUGUAGACAGCUCUUUGAUGGUUUCUGCCCUACUCCUCCUUCCCAUACCCUGGCCAGAAUGUCUCACCGAUUCUUGAAUUCUUUGGCAAACUUUACUGUUGUUUGUGUUCCCUGAUUGAAGUUUGGGUGGAACAGGACAUGGGCUGGG